AUGGGAAAUGCCGCAGCUUGGAAGGCGCUCGCAAGUCCUUCGAGAAGAGCUCUGCCACCACCAGUGUCAGAUCCUGGACUGCCUCGGAGCGUUCGUGGCAAACGACUCAAGCCGGAGAGCGAUCAAGAGCUUCCACAAGAUGGUACUAGAAGGCGUCCACUUCGACAAGGUGGCGGUGCUGAGCGUCCUGGAAGCCUGCUCUGGAGCCGGAGACUUGGACAGAGCUGCUCCUAUACGGUUGAGAGAGGCUCGCUCAACAUGUACGUCAAGUGUGGGAGAUUCGAGCAGUCGAAGCUCGUCUUCGAUGCCUUUCCGGAGAAGACCCUCGUGUCAUGGACGUCGAUGGUGUCGAGCUAUGCCGGGAGCGGACGCUCUGCCGAGGCGCUGAAAGCUUUCAAGCUCAUGGACUUGGCCGGCCUGAGAAUGGACGGUGUCGCUCUGGCUUGCAUCUUCGAUGCGUGCGCGGCCUUCACAGCUCUCUCGGACGGCAGCGCUGUCUACUCGAGCGUCGAGGCGAGCGGCGAGAUGCUCGAUGUCACUGCUGGAGCAGCCGCCAUCAACAUGUAUGGAAAAUGCGGAGAUGUGUCGAGCGCGGCGGAGAUCUUCUCGCAGGACGGGGCCUGGGAGUGGAGUUUGAUGCUCUGCACGACCACAGUGGCGGCCUUUGCUCGAAACGGACAUGGCCGACGAGCUUGCGAGCUGUUUGAGUUGACUGAGCGUCAAGGACUAGAACUGGACGUUGUCAGCUUCACCACCAUUCUUGCUGCGUGUAGCGCUGCCGGGCUGCUCCACGAUGGUCACGGGUACUUUGUUUCCAUGAGAGGGGACUAUGCUCUCGCUGCCACCAUGGAUCACUACGUUUGCGUCAUCUCAUGA